ACUUAUGCCAAUAACAUUUUCCAGGAGCAUCAACAUGAUAACCAUCGGGUUUAUAGGCAAUUCUUAAUUUUUCCAAAUUUCUUGGAUUUCUGUUGGUAAAAAUCGGCGAUAUUUCGCUAUUUUGUACCUUCGUACUGGCAUUUCUCGUUUCCUGCACAAUCCUAUUCGCCAAUCUUGUACAACUCCUUAAAUUAAUCAUUUUAAAAUAUUUUUCAAGAAUGUCAGUAUUAGGUUAAUCUUCUUCUUCUGUAAGUUAGGUUAUGUGUGCGCCGUUGCCAAGUGUUCUUCUUUGCAUUUUAAACAUUUAUAUUUAGGUUUUAUUGUUUAUUUAUAGUUGUUUCUUAUUUUAAUGUAUGCAAAAUUGAAUUACCAAAAUAAAAGUUUAUCGAUUUUAAACGUAUUUGCUGGGUGUUUUGUUGUUUAAGUAUUGUAGAAAGGCAACGGUGUCGUCAAAUUUGUAAAUAAUGAUUUAAUAAUUAUUAGAAAUCUAUCGGCUAAUUUAAAAUUAAAAUUAGGUAGAAUUUAAGUGUUAAUUUAUUUUUGUCUGGGCAAGUUUUCGGUUAACGGUGUAAAAAUUGAAUUUUUGUUUAUUAUUUAUGACUUUUGACGUAGCUAGUUUUUUUAAGUUGUACUGUUGUCAGCGAGUUUAAUCGGUUUUUAAACCAUAUUUCAUCAAUUAAUCCAUUAUAAUAAAAGCAAAACCAACAAAUUGCGUUGUAAUUGUUUAGUUUAAUUUAAUAAAGAAUGAAAUAAGUGGCUUUUAGAGAUUCUAACCUAAAAAUUAAAAUUUUCAACUAAAAUGCCUAUAACAAAUAAUUUAAACGCCUUUCUGGGCGCUGCGAUGUUGGGUGUGAUUAGUGCAGCUGGUAUGUUUUUGGUGGAGCAUUACAGACAAGAACGAAGGAGAUAUGAGAUGGCCAAAGAUAUGGCUCGAAUGGAUAAGGAGUUGUCGAUUGUAAAAAAAGAUUUGCAAGAUUUGAUGAAUAAGAAGAGGGAAAGAACGCUUAAGUCGCGAAAAUCUCGAAAAGCCAAUUCGAUUAUUUCCUCUUCGACGAACGAUGACUAUUUAAGUGCAAGUAACAUGGACAGUUCGGACUUAGAGUUUUAUGACGUUAGCGAGGACGAGCUGGACAAUAAUAGUACCGUUAAUUUGGAUUCGGUCCUAGCAGAUAUAGACAGAAAAUCAAACGAAGAGGUGGUUGAAGAGUUAAAUUCGUGUCUGGUGAAGCUGCAAGAUUUGUGCUUGGAACAUCCAGGAAAUGCAGAACUACUUUGGAGAAUAGGAAAGUGUCAUUACAAAUUAUUGGAAAAAAGCGAAGAUAAGGAGUUCAUUCAACAACAAUUAAAAAAAGGUCUGGACGCUUGCACCAAAGCCCUGGAGUUGGCGCCGGACAGCGGCGACGCGCACAAGUGGACCGCGAUCCUGAUUGGCGCCCGCAGCGACUACGUGCCCAUGAAGGAGAGAAUCGCGGACAGCCACCUGUUCAAAUUGCACGUGGACAUGGCGCUUCGGCACUUGCCUAACGACUCGACGCUCCACCACAUGCUCGGCCGGUUUUCCUACGAAGUGGCCGGACUGAAAUGGUACGAACGCAAAGUGGCCUCGACUCUGUUCGCCACUCCGCCGAAUGCUACGUUCGAGGAGGCCUUGGAGCACUUCAUGGAGUGCGAGAAACUUUCGAACCACGACUGGAAGGAGAACAAACUGUUCGUAGCGAAGUGCAAGGUUGCGCAGGGCGAGUACAAGGAGGCUGUGACCUGGUUGGACGAGGCCAAGGCCUGCAAACAAGGAGACUGCAUGGAUGAUAAAAUUGACAAAGAAGUCAACGCUUUACUGGCAAAGUACAAUAGCUAUAGGUAGUUUGUCAAAAAACUUUUUAUUUUAUAAUCUCGACAAUAUUAACCGCGUUUUUAAUAAUCAGUUUAAUAUUAUUUGUAUUUUAUAAUUUUUCGUCUCAUGUUUUUUUUAAGUAAGUGAUUUUUAAGCAUUUAAUUAAAAAAGUGGUUUAGAAUAAUAUGGGUUUCCACUUUUUUUGUAAUGCCAAUUUGGUGCAGUUUUUAUCAUUCCUAUUUUUUUAGGUAUAGUUUUAAUAUUAAAUUUACAAAUAUAUAUUUUAGAAAGGUGUUAAAUUGUAUUGUAUGUUCAUGUAGUUUUUAAAGAAGAAAAGUUAAAUAAACAUUUUUAAAGCUCAA